AUGGGCGGCUUGUCAACGUGCCGCGACUCUGUACGGUCGAUCCACGCCUACUGCCGCGAAACAGAAGUAAAGCGCAACUUGCCCUCCCACACCAACAUGUUCAAAACAUCCUCCGAUCCAAUUAUGUUUACUGAAGAAGACACACUUAACGCGAGUCCCAACAACGACCCCCUUGUCGUAGAAAUGAUAAUUGGGGAAAGCUCGGUUAACGUGAUAUUCAAAGAUGUGCUAAUCCAGAUGGAAAUCGAUCUACGUAAAACAACACGUGACACGCAGCUUUUGACGGGAUUCGAUGGAGACACUAUAAUGACUGUUGGAACUAUCACGCUUCCGAUCUAUGUUGGCGGUACGAUGCACUGCUUCAACUUCGCAAUUGUAGACAAACCCAUCGUCUACAACGUCAUUCUGGGAACACCGUGGCUUCACAAGAUGCGCGUUGUGGCUUCUACCUACCACCAAUGUGUCAAGUUCCCAAAUGCGUAA